AUGGCCCUCCCCCAGAAAUCCAAAGCAGACUACUACUCAAAGCUCAGUGGCAAAGAAACCACUGACGACUGGGAUAUUCUAGUGUCCUACUCGGAAAAGGAGUUGAACAGUUUACUUGACAAGGUCUGGGGUGAGAAGAAAUUCUUCUACAACCACACAUUCCCUGGUGCGACGGAGACUGUAGAGGACGUUAAGAUCGAGCAUAGCUUCAAUCUGAGCUUGACCUCACCCCGGUUGAGCUUCGAUUCCAUGAACAAUGAAGGACCAAAAGUCAAUCUCACCAUGGGAUUCACCGGCGCAAUGAAAACAAAGGUCACAGUAGGCAGUGGGAGCCCAAAGGAAACUGAGAAGGACAUUCCUGCGGGUUCCGCCGAUUUGGUAAUGAAGGUUCCACUUACGUCUUUCAACCUUACCAAGAAGGAUAUCGAGGAUGCCAAGCAUAUCAUCCAUUUUGGGGACACGGGCGACAGCGAUCAUUGUGUGAUCUUUCAUUUCCAGAACAUGGGCUCUGAAUGGACUAUUGUGCCCCACUCCGGACUUGACAAGGCUGUGGAGGAACAGCUCAAUAAGGCCGGCCCUACGGUUCAAGCGUGGUUCAAGGAUAUCAAAAAUGUGGAUAUGAUUGAUUACGGGCUGGCCAAAAUCAACACCAAAACUGAUCCAACCUCGAAACUGCUCCGUCCCAAGUCGUACAAGCUAGUCUCAUCCAAAGGACUGCUGAAUCUCUUCAUCCAGACCGAAGGUGGGAGUGGCAGUCCAGGGAAUGAUCAGAAUACCCAGUUUGGACGUCGGUACAGCGACUUUGCCUUUAGUUCUAUACCACAGGACCACACGGCGUGUAUUAUCAUCUCUCGCGAACUUUUCUUCACGAAGUUUCUCUUGGACAGGAUUGGCAAACUGUCCUCUCCCUUAGAUGUGGUCGACAAGACCAAGUCUAAAAGCGACUCAACCCCUGGUGCUCUCCUGGACAUCAAGUACAAGAAAUCAGUCAUUGUCCCUGCGAAAAGCUACUAUCACUAUCCGAUCAUGUAUGAGGUCGAAGAGUGUGAUAUUGAUUGGAAUGAGCACCCUCUUCACCUUACACUUUUAGAUGAGACACCAUAUACGGAGCCAAAAUAUAAAUGGGACUGGGACUUUUCAGCCCAUACAAACUACUGGGCCAACGGUACCAAAGUUGGCCUCGAGGUUAAAGCUAAGGUUGAAGGAAGCAAAAGAACCCUCGCAUCGGUGAAGGACUACAAGAUUGAUUUCGAUCUUUCUCUGACCGACAGUGAUCAGCCAACAACGUGGACUGAGCCCGCCCACCCUGGUGCUGAACUCACACCUCAUGCUUCCCUUCCAAAAUUCAGUUUUCCGUUGGAGGAGCUCAACUUCUUUGCGACCCAGAAUAUACUGGCUCCGGGUGAAAGGUUUAUUUCAGUCUCCGGUAUGAUGUUCCCUGGGGACCUUGUGCUGAUGGGCACGAUUCCUACGAAAUAAGGGUGUUUUGCUACUGCAGCUUGGGUGGUAAAUGUAUGUAUCUAUUCAUAAAGCAAUGCUACAACGGGAUCACGUUGCGAAGCUAGACAAUUUCCCCGUCUCGGUCCUUGCGUGCUGCUCUAUCGAUGGCUUCCCUUCGUCUCCUCUCUGCGUUCCUCUUGAUCUCUUCUAGAGUGCUGUCAAUAAUAGUGUCACUCGACUUUUUCUCACGUUCCUCCUUGUCUUCUUGCUUUUCUUUUAUCUCCCCCUUCAGCUUUUUCACCUUUCCUUCAUACUCUUCUUUAAUCUUCCGUUCCUCUUCUCUCUUCUGUGCCCAUGUUUUACCCGACUUCUCAACUUCUGCCAACUUUUUCUUUCUGUCUUGAUCGGCAUUAUCGAGUUGCACUCCCAGC